AUGACAAGCCGCUUAUCGACCCUCUUCCAAGUAUCACACCGAACACAAAGAUGUUUUCAUAGCUUCCCUGCCACACGCACGGAAAAUUACCGACGUGCAAGCGACAAGCUGUUCGCAGAUGCAGAACGGGAGCAAGCAGAAGAAGCUCAAAGCCCUAAACCAAGCAUUUCAAAUAUUCCUCGCCUGCAAAGCCAGGAUGAAAACUGGACAGGCGAAGAAUCUAUACAGGAUGCUGUGCUGCGCAUGCUCGUCGACAAGUACAAGCCUAUGCGCUCGGGGCCUAUCAGGACAGCUGAUAUGAAGCUGAGGGAAGCGCCGCCGAGGCAUACCACUUACAAGACCCCCUCUCAUGCGUCUGCAUCCAUUAAGCUCGGUAAUUUCACACCUACAUCCGCGCGCACACCUGGCGUCCACACCGUGGCGGACGAACGCACCAGAAAGACAGAGAGGGAGCUUGCCAGACGCAAAGAGCAAGCAGGACGACUGACAAGAGCUAGAGAGUCAACAUUGGAUUAUCGCUUGGGCCUGAAGAACGGCGAUCGACAGCCUGCUGCUCGUCGGAACCCUGUGAGCAUGAGGGGGUGGCAGGCCUUGAUAGAAGACCAGAUACAGAAAGCUCGAGCUGCCGGACAUUUCGACAAAAUCAAAGGGCGAGGUCAGCCUAUGGUUAGACUGAGUGACGAGCACAACCCUUUCAUUGCGAGAGAGGAGUUCCUCAUGAACCGGAUUGUUCAAAGGAACGGGGCAGCUCCACCGUGGGUCGAAGUCCAAAUUGAGCUCGAGACUGCAGUGAACUCAUUUCGCGAUGUCCUGCGGCAGUCGUGGACAAGGCGCACAAUCCGGACUCUAACAAUGUUGCAACCAGCGGCUAUGUUGCCUUCAUUAUCACUGGGCAGCGUGACAUCAUUGCGCGAUCGCGAGUGGGAAGAACGAGAGCGCUCUUACCACGAUACAGCCGUCGCCGAAUUGAAUUCUUUGGUACGUAAAUACAAUGCCCUUGCGCCAUAUUCUGUACGCCGCCCAUAUUAUUCUCGAGAGGCCGAAUUAGCCAAGGCGUAUCAGGAUUGUGGGUAUGAUAUUAUGCGUGGGAUAUCAGAGAGAAGAGAGAUACACGGCAAGUCUGUUGCCUCACCAUCAUCUGAAGUCGAGUCUUCUGUGGAUGUCGAUGCCUACUCUUUGAGGUUUCGGGAUAUCAUUCGUCGGUGGCUUAGGAAGCUGCGAGACAGAUUCAUCAACGUAUCCUGA